GCGUCUCGCCAAAGAGUGGGCCUGCAAGCGCAGCGUGGCUCCGCCCCUAGCUGCGUGGCUCCGCCCCCGCCCCCUCCCGCGGCCACGCUGCAUGGGUGCGGUCGAGCGAGGUCCAGUCCUGCGCCCGCGUUCCCUCUCCCUCUCGCGCGCCCCAUUGCCUCCAGUUCCCUCCGCCGAGCGGCGCGCGGGCCUGGGUCUGUGGUCACGUGCGCGGCGGCAGGCAAGCGCGAUGAAGCGGGCGGCGCUGCGGCUUUGUACCCUGAGCAAGGGACUGCUUGCUCCCAGCAGAGGACUAACUCAAGGAUCUGAGAAUCCUGAGAAACACGGAGUCUUCCACAUUCAUGAAGCAUGUUCACCAAUACAUGUGAAUCAUGUUCGAGAUAAGUUGCGGGAGAUAGUAGGAGCAUCCACAAACUGGAGAGACCAUGUGAAAGCAAUGGAGGAAAGAAAAUUACUUCAUGGUUUUUUGGCCGAGUCACAAAAAGGACUGCCACCUAGGAGAAUGAAAGACAGUUACAUCGAAGUUCUCUUGCCUUUGGGCAGUCAGCCUGAAUUACGAGAGAAAUAUUUGACUGUUCAAAACACCGUAAGGUUUGGCAGGAUUCUUGAGGAUCUUGACAGCUUAGGAGUUCUUAUUUGCUACAUGCACAACAAAAUUCAUUCAACUAAGAUGUCUCCUUUAUCGAUAGUUACAGCUCUGGUGGACAAGAUUGAUAUGUGUAAGAAGAGCUUAAGCCCAGAACAGGACAUCAAGUUCAGUGGCCAUGUUAGUUGGGUUGGGAAGACGUCCAUGGAAGUGAAGAUGCAUAUGUUCCAGUUACAUGACAAUGAAUUUUCUCCUGUUUUGGAUGCAACAUUUGUAAUGGUGGCUCGUGAUUCUGAAAAUAAAGGGCCGGCGUUUGUAAAUCCACUCACCCUUGAAAGCCCAGAGGAAGAAGAGCUCUUUAGACAAGGAGAAUUGAACAGGGGGAGAAGGGUCACCUUCAGCUCCACGUCAUUACUGAAAAUGGCUCCCACUGCUGAGGAGAGGACAACCAUACAUGAGAUGUUUCUUAACACGCUGGAUACAAAGACUAUAAGUUUUCGAAGUCGAGUUUUACCUCCUAAUGCGGUGUGGAUGGAGAAUUCAAAACUGAAGAGCUUGGAUAUUUGCCACCCUCAGGAGCGGAACAUUUUCAAUCGAAUCUUUGGUGGUUUCCUUAUGAGGAGGGCAUAUGAACUUGGAUGGGCUACUGCUUGUAACUUCGGUAGUGGUUCCCGACCAUUUAUAGUUGCUGUGGAUGAUAUCAUGUUUCAGAAACCUGUUGAGGUUGGAUCAUUGCUGUUUCUUUCCUCGCAGGUUUGCUUUACCCAGGAGAAUUACAUUCAAGUCAGAGUACACAGUGAGGUGGCCUCUCUACAGAAUAAAGAGCAUAUGACCACCAAUGUCUUUCAUUUCACGUUCAUGUCGGAAAAAGAAGUGCCCUUGGUUUUCCCCAGAACAUAUGGAGAGUCCAUGUUGUAUUUAGAUGGGCAGCGGCAUUUCAACUCCAUGAGUGCACCAGUGACCUUGAAAAAGGACUACCUCGUCGAGCCCUAGGAAGACUGCGUGUGUUGAAGGCCAGCGUCCCCCAGAGACACGGUGCCUGAUGAAGGCCUGAGCAAGUGUAUUGGUUUUAGUGCUUAGUCUCAUCCUCCAUAGAGAAGAAGGAUGUAUUCAGCUUUUAGGAUGAUCAGAAGAGUAGAAUGAGAGAAUGGCUGAGUGGGGCAGAGGGCGAAAGAAUUAUUGAAUAAUAAAUACUUUCAAGACAAUUUAAA